UCUUUGCAAGUUUCUUUGGUAAGUUGCCCUGAACCCAGUCAUAGUUCUGGGAACCUGCUGUCUCUCAGUCUCUGCACUGCAAACUAACAGCUCAACUUGCUCCCCUCACAGCCUAGCUAGUUAUUAGCUAUUUAUAAGUAGUCUGCCAGAUUCGUCACUAUCUAUCUUUACAUUGUUGUACGUGGAAACCAGUCCUCUAAAAGUCUCUAAUGGCAACAUUAGGCAUCCCGAAGCCAUCCAAAUGGUUUUCCAGCAAGAGCUUCAAGUUAAACCUCCCUCGCCUUCAUCCUCCUAAAACUGACAGGGACAACAGCUCAAGGAGCACCCCUCCUCCUCCUCUGGCUCAGCUUACGCCAAAGGGCAGCACAAGAGAAGACCAAUUCCAGAAGGUUUUCCGUUACUUGGACAGUGAUGGAGAUGGAAAGAUCUCAAGUUACGAGAUUAGAGCCUACUUCGGGUCCAUAGGCGAAAACAUGUCACGGCACAGGGCUGAAGAGGUGAUAAGUGAUCUUGACUCCGAUGGAGACAAUUUGUUGGAUUUUGCAGAUUUUGUACGUUUGAUGGAACGUGAUGGGGAAGACGACCUGAAACAGGCUUUCGACAUGUUUCAAGUGGAAGAGGGUGCAGGCUGCAUCACACCCUUAGGCUUGCAGCGGAUGUUUACCCGCCUUGGACUUGGAGACUCCAAAUCAUACGAUGACUGUGUGGCCAUGAUCAAGAUAUUCGAUCUCGACGGCAAUGGCGUCCUCGAUUUUCAGGAGUUCCAACGGAUGAUGACACCAUAACUAUCUCCUCCAAAUGUCAUAUAUAUGUUUAAUAUAUAUAUAUAUAGGUUCUGUUCUAGAACA